AUGAGCUUUGACAUGUUGGAGAGUAAUAGCAAUGGUGAUUGUGUUGAGGUUGAAGGAGUAGAGUUGUAUGGAUUGGAGUUGUGUGUGUGGAUUGAGCAAUCUCUGUUGGCAUCCAAUGCGUACCUUCAUUUUCUGCAAGGGCCUGGUACACAAAUGUUAUUUGAAUUUGUCAAAGACAUGCACCAACGAACAGCCAUUCCCAACUUGGAUAUCGCUUCUCUUGUUGGUCCUCUCUUCUUCACAUGGGUUGUUCUACAGUUAUUCCCUGUUGCUUUGAAAUCAUUAGUUUAUGAGAAACAACAAAAACUAAGAAUCAUGAUGAAAAUGCAUGGGCUUGGAGAUGGGCCUUAUUGGAUGAUUUCCUACCUUUACUUUCUUUUUGUAUCUUCGAUCUACAUGUUGGUUUUCGUAGCAUCUGGUGCACUUCUAGGCUUAAAAUUCUUUGGAUUGAACGACUUCAGCAUUCAGUUUGUGUUUUAUUUCAUAUAUAUAAACUUGCAAAUUUCAUUGGCCUUUCUAGGAGCUGCAUUUUUUUCAAGUGUUAAGACUGCUACAGUGGUAGCAUACAUAUGCGUCUUUGGAACAGGAUUUUUAGCAAGUUUCCUUUUCAUGUCUUUUGUUGAAAGUAACUAUUUUCCAAAAAUGUGGGUUAUAGUAAUGGAGCUAUAUCCAGGAUUUUCUUUAUAUCGCGGGUUAUAUGAGUUUGCACAAUAUGCUCAAUUGGAUGGUGGGAUGAGGUGGGAAGAUUUGAACGAUAGUGAAAAUGGGAUGAAGGAGGUCUUGAUUAUCAUGUUUGUCAAUUGGUUGGUGGUGCUUUUUGUUGCAUAUGGUAUAGAUAGAUUUGUGUCACCAGGAAGCGGGGUUAGAAGAAGAAAAUCUCAAAAUUCUCAAAAGAAGCCUCUGUUAUCUUUUUGGAAGCCUAGUUUACAAAGUAAGGACUCCACACUUAAUGUUCAGAUGGAUAAGGCUGAUGUUAACCAAGAGAGGGAGAAGGUUGACCAACUGCUACAUGAAUCAAGCACAAGCCAUGCCAUUGUUUGUGAUAACUUGCAAAAGAUAUACCCAGGAAGUGAUGGAAACCCUGAAAAACUCGCAGUGCAAGGACUAUAUCUUGCUGUGCCUAGAGGCGAAUGUUUUGGUAUGCUUGGUCCCAAUGGUGCAGGCAAAACCUCUUUUAUCAAUAUGAUGAUUGGACUUACAAAGCCAACCACUGGCACUGCAUUUGUUCAAGGUCUUGAUAUACGGACUCAUAUGAAUGAAAUAUACACCAGCAUGGGUGUAUGCCCACAGCAUGACCUGCUUUGGGAAACACUAACAGGGAGGGAGCACUUACUAUUUUAUGGGAGACUUAAGAACCUUAAAGGUUCUGCAUUAACACAAGCAGUAGAAGAAUCUCUUAAGAGUCUCAACCUAUUUCAUGGUGGAGUUGCUGACAAACAAGCUGGAAAAUACAGUGGUGGCAUGAAGAGGAGGCUAAGUGUAGCCAUUUCAUUAAUUGGGGAUCCUAGAGUUGUCUACAUGGAUGAACCAAGUACUGGAUUAGAUCCAGCUUCAAGGAAUAACUUAUGGAAUGUUGUGAAGAAUGCAAAGCAAGAUCGGGCAAUUAUUUUAACAACUCAUUCAAUGGAAGAGGCAGAGUUCCUCUGUGAUCGAUUAGGAUUCUUUGUUGACGGCAGCUUGCAGUGUAUAGGAAACCCAGAAGAGCUGAAGGCUAGAUAUGGAUGGUCUUAUGUGUUUACAAUUACAACAUCUUCGGAUCAUGAAGAAGAAGUGGAGAACAUGGUGCAACAUCUUUCACCAAGUGCCAGCAAGGUAUACCAAUUAUCUGGAACCCAGAAGUUUGAGAUACCGAAAAGUGAGAUUAGAAUUGCAGAUGUAUUCCAAGCAGUUGAGACUGCAAAGAGAAAGUUCACUGUUUUUGCUUGGGGUUUGGCUGACACCAAUAUGGAGGAUGUUUUCAUCAAGGUUUCACGUGAGGCCCGUCAAUCCAACACCCUGACAUGA